AUGUCUAGAAAUAAAUCACGCUUUCCCAAUGCCUAUUUAAAACUUUUUAAGUCAAAUGUACCAGAAACGCUCGUUAGUGUUCAUCUAAACCAGCAGUCAGUAAUUUGUGAUGCGAAGACUGGUGCACGAAAAUCUCCAUUUGUUUCGAAGUUUGUGGACGAAAUCCCAGUAAAAACAAUGAAAGAUGUUUUCGAAUAUGGCUUAAAUACUUCAAGGUUUUAUCCAUGUUUAAGAAUACGACUUCCUUCCAAAAAUAAAUACUCGUGGCUUAUUUACAAUGAGGUAGAUAAGAAAAUAAAAGCUAUUGGGACAGCUCUAGUGAAAACUGUGAGACAAAGACGUAAUGCUGAAAACUUUGUGGGAAUUUACGGACCAAACUCACCCGAGUGGAUUAUUAUGCAACAUGCAUGCGCUGCAUAUGGUUAUACUAUUGUGCCCAUCUAUCCUACAUUUGGUAGUGAAGCAAUACAACAUAUCUUAUCUCAAACACAAGUGAAUUGUAUGCUGUGUUAUUCAGGAAAUGAAGCUCUUCACCUUCUGGACAAGUUCGAGUCUUCUCUUGAAUAUUUAAUCAUUGUUUCAUAUGAUGUUAAAGUUGAGGAAGUUAAGUCUCGUCACGGUUCCAAAGUCUUAGUGUACUUGUUCGAGGAUUUCAUGAAUGACCAUAUACGUUCAUUAUUCAAAGGUUGUCUUUAG